UGCGCGUUAUCCAGUUUGUACACAACGAUGGAAAACCGAGUUAACAAGCAGCAGUGGUCCACCGAGGAGACUAGCUACCUACUGGGAAUCUGGUCUUCGGAAGAGGUACAAAGGAAGCUGGAGGGGAGCACGCGGUCCAAGGCAAUUCUACAACAAUUGCAGCACGACAUGGCAAGCGCUGGGUUUGACCGUACCGUUGAGCAGAUUGCCAACAAAUUGAAGAAGGUGAAGAAGGAUUAUCGGGACCAAAAGCGAGACCUCGGACGGAGUGGCAGCGGUCGUCCUAAAGCAAGUCCACAUUAUGACUUGCUAGACUCGGUCCUCGGAGACAGACCGACCAGUGGUUAUGGAUCGACGGUGAACUCGCUUUGUCUCUCGUCGAUUAUGUUGCAGGUCGAGUCGCUGAAUGUGCGGAGCUCAUUUGCCGAAAUAUCGUCUUUUGAGCAUACUGAGUCGGAAACACCACUACCGUCGGCCUGCAGCUCGCCCAUGCGGCUGGGAGGGUCUCCUCUUAUGGCAAGCAGCUCUUCCCAGGAAUGUCUGGUGAACCUCAUCCAGCCAGUGGGCCGAAACAAACAGGUCAAAAGGAAGCGGGAUUCGUCAUCUGGCCUUCUGAGUUAUAUGGAGAAAAGUGACGUGAGGGAUGAAAGGCUACUGGAGCAGGGCCAGGCGAUGCUUGCGGAGGUGCAUACUGCCAAUACUGAGUUCCUAAAGGUGUUCAGGAGAAUUGAGGAGAACAGCCACUCAAUGCUUGGCUUGGUAGACAGGAUUGUGAAGGUCAUGGAGACCAACAAGAACUGACCUUAUUUUUGUAUGUAAAUAGUUCAUCCUUUUUUUGUUCAUACCUUUUUUUAACACCCUUUUUUCCCCACACAUUAUUAUAGUAUAUAAAGUAUAUUCUCCACACUUUUUUGGAAUAAAUCUUGUUUAUAUACGAAUAUUGUCCAUACUUUUCUUUGAUUUGUAUAUAAAAUAAACAAAAGUCCUAUGUCUGAUAUUAUAGUUUCAUAUGAUCUUACUUACAAUA